CAACACUUUGACUCUAUGACAUUGACAAAGGUAAACAUAACUAUAACCUUAAAUUUUGUAUAUACACUUAUUUUAAACAAAUUUGCCGCAAACAAUACACGACAGUCAACAUUUAUUAGUUUCACACCCCGCGUUAAGCCCCUUCUUUGACAUAAAAAUAAUUCUUAAACAAUCCAGCUGAUCUAUCAUGCAGUGUAAAGUGUGUUUAAGUACAGUGUUUUACAUUUCGCAUCUAUUGUACCCCAACUGCAGCCCUUGGGGUUUCGUGAUUUACAUGUACUUCAAGUACCACUCAGUCCUGAAGCGGCAUACCAAAUAUGUAGUCGAAACUUUGUCGGACAGUGUCUUGUGGAACUUUGUGAACAACUGGCCAAAAAGUAACUGUGAUAUCAACAACUGUGUUAUAGUGCAUCCUGACAACAUUUAUCCUAGUGAUAGAAUACUUUCAAUCCAUCAUCAAGACUCUGGAACGGUCAGGCGGGUAGUGGCAAUACCAGAUUUACUGUGCAGAAAAGAUGUCCUAUGUGUAUCCAGUACAUUUUUCUACAAUAACUUCCAACGAGCCAAAGGGGCUGUUCAAGCCAAACUGAUAAAACCCAGCUCGCUGCAAGCCAAGUUUGCUCAGGAAAUUGAACUGUCCUUAAUAACAAGUGCUUUCAACCUCAGCAAUGCCUUUAUAGACAAACUGAUUCAGGGCUAUUUCACGUUACCAAAGUUAAUAAGAAAAGACGAUGUUGUAUGUGUAAACAUCAAAUGCUUCAGCGAGGAGUGCUUUUAUGGAAACCUUAAACCUAACAGCAUGGAUACGUUGUAUUUCAAAUGUACUAAAAUUCGAUUGGAAGGAACUGAGACUGAAGAAGAACAGUUUUGUGCAAUUGGAGAAACCGCAAUAAAGCAAGGGCCCAAUAGUCAAGGGUUUAUACCAAAAACCAGCCUUCUAGGGUCUCGGGCAGUUCUUAAAGGCACCAAAAGCUUGUCAGCAGUAGCAAUUUGCCCAAAUGGUUUACAUUUAUACAUGGAGAAACUAGAUAGAGCAAUAUCCCCAUUUUUGCAGAGCAAAAACCUCGGGCUCAAGCCAAUUUUUUUAUUGCAAGGCGAGGAAGGAUGUGGAAAAGAUACUUUAUUAAGCUCAUUAGCUCAGAAAUCUGGAAUGCACUACAUUAAAGUAAGCAACUUUAAUUUAACAGCAAACGCUUACGCUCAGAGCGAAUCGAAAAUGAACAAUGUAUUUUUUGCUGCUAAAAUGGCAGCUCCGUGCAUUGUAGGUCUACAUCGAUUCGAGAACUUCGGCAAAAACUCGGAAGGCCAUUACGACCAAAGACUGAUUAGCUCAUUCACAACAUACGUGAACAAUCUGUUCCAAAAUAAUGCCUUUCCAGUCAUCUUAUUUUGUUGCACCAGUUCCAAAGAAAUUCCGGCUGAGCUGAAACGGAUGUUUUUGGAAAUUUUUAAAAUCGAUUCACCAAAUGAUACAGAAAGGGAACUCAUCCUGGAGUGGAUUUUGCAGAAAAACGACAUUGAACUCGAAGUUGGGGUUAAUUUAAAGGACGUGGCAAGCAAAACAAAUGGAUUUUACUUUGAAGACCUGAGCGCUUUAGUGUAUUACGCAGAAAACAUUUUUCACAAAGCAACUAGACAAUGCAGCAAAAUUGCGCUGGAUAAAGAUGACUUGGAGAAAGCCGUAGAUUUUAUGCAGUCGAACUACAAUGAGAGCCUGGGGGCUCCAAAAGUACCCAAAGUCCAGUGGUCGGAUAUUGGCGGGCUAAAUAAUGUUAAGGAGGAGAUAAUGAAAACUAUUAACCUGCCUCUCCGGCGUCCAGAUUUGUUUAAAAAAUCUGGCCUCACACGAUCUGGCAUUCUCCUGUUUGGACCUCCAGGGACCGGAAAAACACUCAUAGCCAAAGCGGUGGCUACUGAAUGCAGUCUUUGCUUUCUAACGGUUAAAGGGCCUGAAUUGCUGAAUAUGUAUGUGGGGCAAUCUGAGCAAAACAUCCGGGAAGUAUUUGAAAGGGCGCGACAGGCCUCGCCAUGUAUAAUAUUUUUUGACGAACUGGAUUCGCUGGCUCCUAAUCGAGGACUUUCAGGCGACUCUGGAGGAGUCAUGGAUCGCGUUGUGUCCCAACUGCUAUCUGAAAUGGAUGGUCUGAAUAAUGGGGCUAAAUUAUUUAUUAUAGGGGCGACGAAUAGGCCGGAUUUGAUAGAUCCAGCCUUAUUACGACCUGGAAGAUUCGAUAAGCUGUUGUAUGUGGGGCCAUGUACUGAGGAAGGCUCAAAAGUUUCAGUCAUGCAGGCUUUGACCAAAAAAUUCAAAUUGGCUUCAGAUGUCGAUCCACAGGAAAUAGUCUCAAGUUGCCCGAAAAAUAUCACCGGGGCCGAUUUGUAUGGUAUUUGUUCGACUGCUUGGUCCUCUGCGGCCAAAAGGCUUAUCGACAGGAUCGAAAGAGAUGCCUUAAAUGCAGAAGAAUUCACAGAUCAACAUGUGGAAGUAACUGCUGCUGAUUUUGCCCGGGCCAUUGAAGACGUAAAGCCAUCGAUCAGCGAGGUUGAUUUGUUGUAUUUUGAAAAGUUGAAGCGUGAGCUUACUGCCGAUGCGUCCAAGUAAGCGCAUAUUUUCACUGUUUUGUAUAAUAUAUUUUUUUAUCUUGAA